GCCACCUGAUAGGCCGCAUUAUCAUCCAAGUAUUACGAGGAGAUGAGCAACUUCAUUACCUUCUUUCUCUUGACAUGACUCACUAUACCCUGGCUGUCCUCCUUUCUCGUUUCAAGGGUGAAUUCCAAAGUGCUAUCUCUACUCUCUAUUGCCUUUCCACACCGGAUCCUGUUUGAGAGCCUUCACGUCGUACUGGUUGCCUAGCCGGUGUAUCGGUGGCGGCCUCCUAUUUUACUCAGUACCAUCCAUCCAUCCAUCCUACGCCCCGUCAAAAAUCGCAAGGAUGAUUUCCUCCUCACCUUCUCGAUUCUUCACUUCUCCUUCGAGUCCUCCCUCGGACAUCAAGCAUACUUCAACCUCUCGUACGUUGGCCGCUGGCCGGUGUACAGCAACGUGCAAGUCGGGCAAAUUGAUGACCCCGUGUCCAUGUACACAAGGGAUUUUUACUGUGACACCAGGAUCACUCCCUGAAGGGGCAUGUGAGGACUGUGACCAUACCCUAUCACUACACCAGAAUUUUGGUUCCAAGUCAUCUCCGACGGAAAUCUUAGCAUCUGUUGGCAGCUCUGAUCAUACGCGACAGCACGUCAUGGGUCGGCUAACUGCUAGUGACCCUACGAGAUGUUUACGCAGGGAUACAGUAUCAAAGCUUGCUGCCGCUGUGGAUGAUAAAGAUGUUAUCCACGUACGCGGAACACCAGCCAGCGGGAAAACUGUCCUAUCCGAACUUCUAAGGGACUACUACCACGAGCGAAAGAGGAAGGUGUUUCUACUCAGUAGUCCCUUAGAAGUUCGGAUGGUAUCCGUAUUAUUGGGAAUAUUGCAAAGCUCUCUACACCUGCUGGUAUGAGGAUGAGUGGCGGAAAGAUUAUAUCGAUGUAUUUUUGCAGCCUCAGACGGAAGUAUUCUUUGCGUUUUCUGACUUCACUAUGGCUAUGUUCCAGCCCAGCUUCG